UCUCACGGCACCAAACCGAGCGUAUUUUCCUUGGGUCCAUAAACAAAAAUUGAGAGUUUUAAAUAAAGAACGUCGGGAAAAUAAAUUUAAAACCUGUGACACUUUCACUUAACUCAUCACUCUUCUUUGGAGUAUGGCGUAUUAGGAACCUUGCAAAGGUAUUAUUCUCUUCGCAAUCAACACACUUCGCAUUUAUUCAAUGUUCUCGAACGGACUGCCGUGCAACCUGUCAUUUCCGAGCUGCCUUAGUGUUCCAAAAGACAGUGGUAAUGAAGAGCUGUUGCCUUCCAACAUGGGGACAAGGGAACCUGUAAUAUUAAAUGUCUAUGAUAUGUAUUGGAUCAACGAAUAUACAACGUCGAUUGGGCUUGGUGUAUUUCAUUCUGGAGUAGAAGCUUUUGGCACAGAAUUCGCAUAUGGUGGACACCCUUUUCCUUUCACGGGCGUUUUUGAGAUAACGCCUCGCGAUCACGAUGAACUCGGAGAUCAAUUUCAAUUCCGUCAAAGUAUUCAAAUUGGCUGCACUGACUUUACCUAUGAGGAAGUGCGUCGCAUUGUGGAGGAGCUAGGAAACCAGUUUCGGGGAGAUCGCUAUCAUCUUAUGAACAAUAAUUGCAACCAUUUUUCCGGAUCCUUAACACAGAUACUUUGCGGCCAAGAAAUACCAAGCUGGGUAAAUCGCUUAGCACAUUUUAGCUCUUGUGUCCCAUUUUUACAAAGAUGCCUGCCAAAGGAAUGGCUGACGCCGAAUGCUUUGCAGCAGAGUAUAACUACAAUCCAAGAACGUGAAGACUCGGACACUAGUCCUCUUUGAGGCAUUACCUGAUUCACCAUAGGCCACAUACAAAUUCCCAAGAUAAAUAAGCAUUUUCAUGUCUUGAGAUAUCAAUAUUUAGUUACAGAUAGCAAAGCCGGGUUAGCUGCAUAAAUUUCCGUUAAACCAACAACCCCUAAGAAAUGCAACACUAUUAUUAUAGAUUACGAUUAGGCGACGCAAAAUGACUAAAUAAUUGGCUAUUGUAAUUUGUAAUAUUAUUAUUCAGAUGUAAGCUAUUGUUAAGAUAAGGAUAAGUUUGAGUAGUAGCUGGCAGAUCAUCUGCCGUGUCAUUUAUAGAAUUUUAAAUUAAGUACUGUACAUCGAGAAAUCAUUUUUAGGGAGUUGAUAAAAAUUUACUUAUGUAUUCUCCAAAAUGAUAAUAUCAUAGUUGCCCAUUUUUCUUGAACCAAACAGAAUUUUAUGAAUGACGUAAGCCAUCGUUUGUCAUAAUUACUUUAACAGUUUUACAAUUAAAUUUUGUUUUUAAAUUAAUAAGGCCGCAUUAGCGUCUCUAUCAAAACACCAAAACGAUCUGUUAUUACAAAAAUGUACUUGACAUUCUGAUAUUUACACAUAAAUGCUAUUAUUAAACAUUUUUAAAGAAAAUAUAUUUUAA